CAGAGGGGGAAGGGGAGGCUCGUGCAGCGAUAAACUGAAAGGAGCUGAUGAACGAAAGACCUCAGCGUGUGCACCGACAGCUGAAGGCGAGGAAAAAUACAAACAAGAGGAAGGAGGGAGAGAAAACACAAAGGGGGGGAGGAACAGUCGUGUUGAAACAGGAGCGGCGUCGGUGGGGUUCAGAGAGGGACAGACAACAGGAGAGAAACACGCACGCGGAGGCUGAGGGGAGCCCCAAACAAGAGACUGAGAUUUCUCCUCUCGGCUACGCUAGAGAAACAGACAGACCCCAGCUGAGGGAAUUCAUCGCCUCUGUUUCCCCUCCCUCCCUGUCUCCCCCUGUCUGCACCCUCCUGCCUCUGUGAAUCAUUGAAGCCAUGCCCAUCGUGUCAGCAAGCACAGGGCUGCAUGAGACUCUGGCCCUGCUCACCUCUCAGCUCCACCCUGAUGCCAACCAUAAAGAGGACCUGGUCUUCCUCAAAGAUGUUUUCAGUGAGAAAAGCCUGGGCUACCUCAUGAAGAUCCAUGACAAACUGAGGCAGUAUGAGAAACACAGCCCAACUCCUGUUCUAUACAGCGCCUCCUGUCUGGCAGAGGAUCUUGCAGAAGAGCUUCAGAACGGACCGCUGGAAGACGACGAGAGAGAGCUUCUUCUCCUGCUGAGCACUCCUCACCUCAAGGCGGUGCUGUCAGCUCACGACACGGUAGCCCAAAAGAACUUUGACCCUGUGCUGCCGCCACUCCCCGAAGAUUUUGAUGAUGACGUGGAGGAAGAGUCGGUCAAGAUUGUGCGUCUAGUGAAGAACAAGGAGCCUCUGGGGGCGACUAUACGCAGAGAUGAGGUGACAGGAGCUGUUAUUGUGGCCAGAAUUAUGAGGGGAGGAGCAGCUGACCGCAGCGGACUGGUCCAUGUCGGGGAUGAGCUUCGUGAGGUCAAUGGAAACCUGAUAACUCACAAAAGGCCAGAGGAGAUCAGUCAGAUUUUGCAGUCACAGUCGCAAGGCUCCAUCACACUGAAGAUCAUUCCAGCUGUAGCAGAAGAAGACAGGCUGAAGGAGAGCAGAGUCUACCUGAGAGCUUUGUUUGACUACAUGCCCUAUGAAGACAAGGCCACACCCUGUCAGGAGGCGGGACUUCCUUUCAAGAGGGGUGACAUUCUUCAAGUGGUUAGCCAGGAGGAUGCUACCUGGUGGCAGGCUAAGAGGGUGGGAGACUGUAACCUGCGCGCUGCUCUCAUCCCGUCUACACAGUUCCAGGAGAGGCGGCUGAGAUACAGGAUGAAAAUGGCUUCUUUCCCUUCUCCUAUUUCCCCAAAAGCUUCUUCAUGCGAUCGCACUGAAAGAGAGGACUGUGACAGUGAGGGUGCUCUGAAUGGAAAGGAUGUAGUCUCUCCCAAGAGUAAGGCAGCCCCGGUCUUCUGUGGCCAAGCUUUCUCAUGGGAUUUUUACUCAGCUGGUCUGCGCAGAAGUUUUCGUGGAAGGAAGGAUCGGCAGAGUUCACCUGGAGAACCGCACACUCCAGACACCAAUCACACAGAGUUCCUAAUUUAUGAAGAAGUUACACAAUAUCUGCCCCGCCCUGGAGAGAGGCCUCGUCUUAUAGUGCUGAUAGGUUCCCUUGGAGCUCGGCUAACUGAGCUCAAACAGAAAGUGAUUGCAGAAAAUCCUCGACGUUAUGGUUUAGCUGUGCCUCACACCACUCGAGCCAGGAAGAGUCAUGAAAGAGAAGGAGUCGAGUACCACUUCAUCUCUAAAAGUGCGUUUGAGGCCGACAUCCAGAACGGCAAAUUUAUUGAAUAUGGAGAGUAUAAAGAAAAUCUCUACGGCACCAGUUUGGAGUCCAUUCACAAAGUUUUGGAUCAACACAAGUUCUGUCUGGUGGAUGUGCAGCCAGAGGCGCUCAAGACUCUGCGUACCUCUGAGUUCAAGCCAUUCGUCAUCUUCGUAAGGCUUCGAAUCCUUGACAGUAAAAGAAAACUGCUCGGCUCAUCUUCCUCACUGAGCUCAGGGAUCACAGAUAGCCAAAGACAGACAGGGAAAUAUGGGAAGAGCACGUCAUGGGAGGACAUGCUGAUACCAGGAAUUGAUCCUGCGAGCAGUGUUUUGAGGACUAUAACCUUGGAGGACGACCUUCAAGAAAUGAAAAUGUCAGCUGAGCGGAUGGACGAGUGCUACGGCCACUUAGUGGACUACGUCUUAGUAAAGGAGGACCCGGUCAGUGCCUUAGCUGAGCUCCAGGUUGUACUGGAGAGGGUGCAGAUGGAGCCUCAGUGGGUGCCUGUGUCCUGGGUGAGGAGCUAGCCAGCCUGGAUGAGCUGGUCUGGUUCAGUGGACAGUGAGGAGCAUAGACAGCACUGCUGUUUUUGGGGUGAUCUGCUGUUUACUGCCAUAUUUACACUAUGUCAGGUUUGUGAUAGUCUGCUGAGUCAAAUCAGUAUCAUAAAGAACAAAUUCAGUGACUCACAGCUGCUUUUCCAUCAGUCUGAACAUCAAGCAAGCCUGUGUGUUUGAUUCUUGAGUGUGUAAUGGCCAGCUGUGUAAAUGUACAUGGGCAGUAUCACAGCAUGUUGUACAUGCAUGCAGGAUAAAGAUCCUAAAGCAAGCCGUAGUCAGAGAUCUGCUGUCAGCACGAUCAGUUAUGUGAGAUGUCUUCUGUUAUAGCAGCUAUAAUGUCAAAGUGCCAUAUGGAGCAUUACAAACUGAUAAUUGUAAAAUGAAUAAACCUCAUGCUGGAGACUGUACCUCUGUU